CCAGCCAUGAGCGCCGCAUCCGAAACCCCCGUGGACGACAAGCGCGCCCUCAGCCUGGUUCGCGAUGUCGCUAUUACCAUUGACCGUUUGCGAAGCACCAUCGACUCCAUGCGCCUACUGCAUGAUCAAUGGAAGGACACCACCGGCACUUCGAUCAAUCUGAUUGCCCAACUGACCGCUCUGAAGACGAAUCUGGGCGAGAUCCAGGACUGGCUGAACUAUGCCAUCAAUGAUCUGCACCCGCAAUUGCUCAACGACCUGCACCUGUUGAUGAACUCGUGCACUUUGCUCGUGAGGAACCUCGACGCACUCGUCGCCCAACUGCGCCAGCCCGACCAUGAUCAGACAGAUUUUGCUAUCAAGCUUAAGUUUGUCGUCGGGAGCAGGUCUAUGAACCGAUUGCGCAACGUUGCGAAGAGGCAGACGGAUGCGGUCAAUCUUCUCCUCGCAGCAUGCAAGUGCCAUACUACAGCACAGAGGAAGAUUUUGCUACACAAAAGCAGACAGAUUAGGAAAGAAGAUGCGUCCAACAUUAAUACACUCGUGCGAACUUCACGGUGGAAUGGACAAUGUAUCCGUGCUCUCACCCAACUCUCCCGCAUGAUCCAAUGGUUUCGUCUUCUAUUCUACUUGAAGCUGUUCAAGAAAGGGCCUGAGGAAAUGCCCACUGAAGAGGAAUACAUUGAUCAAGCCGCCAUUAUGCGUUCCGAAGCUAUUGACCGUCAACUAGAAGCAGACGCCACUUACCUCCGGCGUGAGACCAAGCUUGUUCUCAUGGGCCAGGUGAACAGCGGAAAAGAGCUCAUCAUGCGGCAAAUGAAGGUCCUCUAUGCCGAGGGCUAUCCGCAAGAGGAACGCCUCCAGUAUCGUUUCGCUAUCCGCUCUACCGUCCGCCUCUUGAUCCAUGCCAUUAUUGACCUCCUACGCGACACGGGCGUCAAUCUUUCCGAAGACCUGAACCAGGAUUUCGCUGUCCUCUUGCACGAAGUCGAGACCGUCGACAUCAAGAACAUCACGCCAGCUGCUGUCCACGCCGUGGAAAACCUCUGGCAAAGCCCCGCUUUCUCUACGCUCUUCCUCAAGAACUUCGAGAUAGACUUCCCACUUUACGCGCCGUACUAUGUGCAGGAAAUAGGGCGCAUCGCGUCGGACGCGUACGUACCCAGUGAAGCCGACAUCAUCCGUCUGAAUCAAACCAUGGGCGGCAUCAAGGAGCUCCGCUUCAACUGGGACGAACUCGAAGUGCAUCUAUUCAACAUCUCAGGCUACAUCCCGGACCAAUUCCGAAAACGGUGGUUCCAUCAGCUCGAAGGUGCAACAGCACUCAUCUACACCGUCGACGUAUCAACUUACGACCGCCCGUACCUCGGCCAGCCCACCGAAUCCCAGCUCCUCGACGACUUUGCAACUUUUGAAUCGUGGGCCAACAGUCCCAAAUUCGCAGGGUCCUCCAUCAUGCUCCUCCUCAACAACUUCUCCCGCUUCCGCGAUAAACUCCCCCAUUCACCCCUCUCCACCUUCUUCCCAGAUUUCCAACCGCCAUCAUCCUCGUCCACCAACAACCUCGCGUCCCAGUCCUCACAAAACAACAAUAACAACAACAAUGCCGCCCCGGCAACGACAACCGACGAAAUGGAAUCUGCAGCCCGCCAAUUUAUCCUCCGCCGCUUCAAAGACGUAAACCGCAACCGCCUCUCCAUCUACAGUUUCUGGGUCGACCUCGACACGAGCGAUAACGCGCACCUCUACGCCGCGCUCAAGAAGACACUGCAGCAUAUCCAGCAGCGGAAAGCGCGCUCAGAGGUCUGGGAACGCGCCAGCACUACCAAUGGGGACGGGCAGAGUCGGAGUGGGACCGCGGGCCGCGCGACGCCCAAUAGCUUUAAUAGGAGUGCGACGUUGAGGAGUAAGACUAGUACUCUUGGCGGUGGUGGUGGAGGGGGGAGAGCAGGCGGAGGUAAUGCAGCGGCGGCGGGUGUGGGGAGCCCCGGAAGGAAGAGCGCGACUGUUACGGAGAGGACUUUGUCGACGUCUUGA